UAUAUACAGUAGCGCAACUCUCCUGAUUUUGUGAAGCCUAAAAUGAAGUGCGCAUGCGCGGCCGAGGCGCGUAACCAAUCAGGGCACUGUAUUCUAUCUCACUUCUUCUUUCUAUUGUCGGUGUCUGUCAGUCCCAUUGAAAUGUCCAUAUAAGGCAUUUAAAGGACCAUUUGACGGAAAGUGGCGGGAACGCGACGAAUUUUAUGUGAGAAACAGUGAGAAUAGUGCUACGUGUGAUAAAGUGAUAAGUGAUACGUGUUUAAUUUUAAUAAUUAUUCAGUGUAUUCAGACGUGUUUAAGAAAGUGUAAAAAAACAGAGAACGUAGACCGAGUUAGCUUUACGGAGAAUAGGUUAUCUGUACAAAAAUAGUACAGAUUUCAGAUUCUCUUGAAGCACUUUGAUCUUAGCUUUCUGUUACAGAUAUUUGGAGAGAUUUUAAAAGGCGAAAAAAAUGUGUGCUCAAAAAUCAAGCGGAUGGUGUGUCGUAAAGGACUGUAAUAAAAAUAUUGUGGAAAAACGACACUUUUUUCGGUUUCCAAAGGAACAUGACAGAUGGUUGCAAUGGAUACGUGCGUGUGAAAGAUUAGAUUUAGAAGCAAGUGGAGCAGAAUAUGCCCAUCGCAUUUAUAGAUUGUGCCACUUACAUUUUGAAGAAAAGUGGUACAAUAUAAGCAAGAGUAGAGCUAUUCUUCAUCCGGAUGCAGUACCAACAAAAUUAUGAGAGAGAGAGAGAGAGAGAGAGAGAGAGAGAGAGAGAGAGAG